CAGCACAGCUUGUCCUACGAAACCUGGCCAAUGUCAAUGAUGGCAAGGCUCCCAAGUGCUGCACCGUAUGCCCUGUGGAUCCUUUUCUUUUCGUAUACAGCAAAUGAAGUUAUGGCUGCAGGACGUGUACAGGAAUUUGCAUGCUUCACUGACUAUGACAAAGAGCUGGUUUGUGACUGGAAGGUGCUUCCACGAACAAAUUGCUCCAAAGAAUUCCUGCUCUACUACAGGAAGGAUUUUUUUUGUGUGCCAAAUAGUGUGUGUGUCCCUGAGAAUGGAAAAGACAGUUUAAAGUGCACUUGCACAAUAUAUCCGGAUUAUUUUGUAUUAGGCCUCUCGUAUAUUCUAGCUCUACAGUUCAAUGGGACUGAUAUGUGGAAUUACAGUGUUACACCAGCCCUGGUUGUUAAGCCAAGGGCCCCCAAAAAUCUUGCCAUUGAGAAAGUUGAAAAUGGUAAUUUCAACCUGAGCUGGGAGGAGAGCUACUCUCCUUUAUCCAUGCUCUCUGGACAGCCAGUCAUCUAUGAAGUGAAAUACUGGAGGAAGCAGCACCCGACAGAGGUUUCUGUAAAAGCAAUUAACUACCAGGCAAAAAGCUUUGAAAUUACUGCAAGCUCCUUGAGGAAAGGCUAUGAUUACGUUGCAAUUGUAAGGUGUAACUAUACAAACUACCCAGCCUACUGGAGUGAAUGGAGUGAAGAAGUUGAAUUUCACUAUGAUUAUCGAGUAACAGCUGAAGACAUUCUGCAGAUGGCUGUUCCUGUAUCCUGCAUACUGAUCAUGGCAGUAUCUGUAAUUUGUUACUUCUGUGUUACCAAAGUGAAGAAAGAAUGGUGGGAUCAAAUCCCAAAUCCAGCAAAGAGCCAUUUGGUUGUAAAAAAUGUUAAGUUUUCAGUUUUGUGCUACAUUGAUGAAAUCAAGUUCCCUUUCCAUGACUUAAAGCAGAGUCAUAUGGAAAACCAAAUAAGUUGUAAGAAUUGUCUGGUUCAACAUUUGUCAAGCCAAAACUUCAAGGGAAAAGAUAACAUCAGAAAUGUUGAGAAAUCUUGCAGUUGUCACAGCAAGUCUGGAGAGUGGUUUCCAAAAGGCAGCAGUGCAGUUUUAACCCCUGAGACAGUUCUGGUUGAAGAGUCUAUAGAAAUCUGUGCAUGUGUAACAGGCAUUGAGGCUGAGAGCCAGGAAGAGACUAGUGACCAGAUCACCAUGUUUGAGCCUUGUGAAAGCAGUGUCAGUGCUCUCAGAGAGCACACUGAACGUAAUGAUGCACUAGCUAGCAUGUUUAUGGAGAUCCUGGCAGAUGAAAACAACAUGCAAGAUAAUAAAGACCCAGACAUCAUCACAGGUGAGAAUAAAACCUUUGAGAAACUUGAAUCGGAAAAUCCAUUACAGCGAAAUCCAAAAGAAAGCACAGCCCAGAGUCAGCAGCCAUGUGAUAUUUCUCAUACAGUCUCCCUUUUCACCAAAACCUCUCAAGAUGACUACAAUUGUAGUACAGCCAGCAAGAACUCAGAACAAUCAGAAGAAUCCUUUGAAUCUGGCUAUCGGAGCUCCAGCAUAAAUUCUGCUUCUCUGGAUGCAAGCGAUCUUCUACAUGUGGUUCAUCAAAGCCUUUUUCCAUGCAGUUCUGAAAGUCAGCAUGACUCAGAUGUCCUGAUCCAGGAAUCUCCAAAUAAACCAUCCUUUGGGACCAAAAAAGACAGAAUAAGCAACACUGCAUACAAGAGUUUUGAUACCCUAGUGUCUCCCUCCAUGGGACUGUGUAGCUCUGCGUAUAAGAGGUUUGACACACUUAUCUCUCCAUCCGUGGAACCCUGUGAUUCUGCCUACAGGAGCUAUGACACCCUUACGUCUCCAUCCGUGGAGCCCUGUGGAUCUGCCUACAGGAGCUGUGACACCCUUACGUCUCCAUCCAUGGAGCCCUGUGGAUGUGCCUACAGGAGCUGUGACACCCUUACAUCUCAGUCUAUGGCUGACAGUAGCCUGACUCUGUGUUUUGAAAAUGGGUGCUCAUCACUACCUUUGACACAGUUUUCAGAAGUGCAUGCAAAUGACAGUGGUUCAGCUUUCCUACCAGAGGAAGAAAUACAUAAGCAAGUAACGUACCAAAAUGUUCAAAAGAAAGCCAGUAUAAUUUCUUGCCCCAGUCGACCUCAGCCAUCUGGUUAUCAACCUUCUGAUAAUGCAGUUAAAUGUAAUGGUACAUACUGUGACAGUGAUGUUAUCUCUGGGUCACCAUAUGAAACCUUAACUCAUCUUUUGUACAACAACCUGAGACAAACACCUCCAGAUACCAUAAUCUGUGAACCUGACCAGAGGACGGGUGACCAUGUAUGUUUGAUUGUACAGGGUUUUGACUGCAGCGUUGUCCCGGGUUUAGCCUCUAGUGAGAAUGUCACACAGACCAGUGAUGACAGCCUUUGGAUCAUCAACUCUAAUGAGCUGUCUAGUGAUAGCAAAGAUGAAAAUAGUGGCAGAGACAAACAGCUGUUGCAUUUGUUAGAGCUGAACUCUCAAGAUUUUAACAGCAGAGAAACAACUGUAAGGGGGACAAAUCCUAACAGCUUUAACGAUACUGGUAAAGGAAUGCAAGAGAGCAGCAAUAACAGACUAAAUACUGACUUUCACAGCCACACGCACAACCAUGUGAGGAAACUUGGAAAUGCAGGGGAAAAUAAAGAGGUGAUAAAGCAUGCGGUAGGCAGGAGGUGUGGCUCAGCAGCUAGCUUACCAGAAGAAUCACUGGACAGCAUUGGGCUAAACUUAGAAACAAAAACUGCAGAGCCCCUGGAGCUCCUGGUCUCGGAGAAGUUGUCACCUCCUCUUUUUGUGGAUAACUCCUGUCGUGAUUCUUACACCAUUCACAGCGAGGGUUCCAGACUGGCACCCACAGUUAAAAAAAGACCAGUAGCACUACUGAGGGAAAAUAACAGGAAGAAUGAGAAAAAAAUGGAACUCGUACAAGUGCUUGCCCAGGAGGACAACUGCUACAUGAAGGUAGCCUAA